AUGGGGAGGGGUAGGGUUCAGCUGAAGAGAAUAGAGAACAAAAUCAACAGGCAAGUGACUUUUUCAAAGAGAAGGUCAGGUUUGUUGAAGAAAGCCCAUGAGAUCUCUGUCCUUUGUGAUGCUGAGGUUGCUCUGCUUGUCUUCUCAAAUAAAGGGAAGCUCUCUGAAUACUCAACAGAUUCCUGCAUGGAGAGGAUCCUUGAACGGUAUGAAAGAUAUUCUUAUACAGAGAGGCAACUUGCUGCAGAAGAAAUUGAACAAAAUGGAAACUGGACUCUGGAACAUGCAAAACUUAAAGUCAGAAUGGAGGUUUUACAAAAAAACCAAAGGCAUUUUAUGGGAGAAGAUCUCGAGAAUUUGAGUCUUAGAGAGCUUCAAAAUUUGGAGCAACAACUUGAUUCUGCCCUUAAACAUAUUCGGUCAAGAAAGAAUCAACUCAUGUUUGAAUCAAUUUCUGAGCUUCAGAAGAAGGAUAAAGCAUUGCAGGAGCAGAAUAACAUCCUUGCCAAGAAGGUGAAGGAAAAGGAGAAGACACUUGUCCAGCAGGCACAAUGGGAGCAGCAAAAUAAUUGCCAAGACCCAUCUUCCAUGCUUCUGCCACAGCCAAUUCAGUCCUUGAACAUCAGUGGCACCUAUGAAACAAGGAGCAGUGGAAGGGAGGAGGAAGGUGAUCCAGCACAACAUCACGCCACCAAUGCACUCUUGCCACCUUGGUUGAUUCGCCACCUUGAAUAACUGAAUCGAGUAAAAGUCCUUUCUUUAGUAUGUAUGUAGUUUUGAAUUGAUGCAUAUUUAUAUCUGCCACAGAGUGAUAUGUGUGACUAGCAUCUGUGUAUCCAUUGAUGUAAUUAUUAAGUAAUGCUGUGUUGAUAUGAAAUGUAAUAAUAAUAAAAGAAAAAACAUAAAUGCAACUAUAAUUACAAUUUGGGCUGAUAUCCAUCAGAUCACUUUUACAGAUGAAGUUAUAAACUAAGGAGCCAAGGACACAAAUGUAUGUAAUUUGGACGAAAAGGGGC